GAAGAUUUCACGCGCUUUACUACUAGUGCUACUCAGUCCACUCAAAACAGCAGAGCUACGAAAACCGACAAAAGCGCGGCGGCCGACACUCCGGCGAGGGACGCGGCGGAGUUGGGCGACGGCGGGGCCAUGUCGCCCGAACCGGGAGACGGCGACCCCGAUGGGGAAGCACCGCCGGCUUCGCCGGUGACAUUGAUGGAUAGCUGCUGGCCGGCGGUGCAGUGGCCGGGAAUUGCGCAGAGGUAGAAAUGCUCGCCGGCGGUGGUCAG